AAUAAUGCUUAAAUGCUUAAUGCAAUCGAUUUCACCAACGGCGUGCCUUGUCGUUAUUAAUUAUUAAUUACACAAUUAAUAAAGCUUUAUAGUUGACAAUCAUUGUUAUUCCAGUUGUUAAGCGAUCUCACCAACUUUACAGACGUUCACAAGAUUUGAGACACUUUGCAGCUGUGCACACAACAAGAAAGUCUACCAACAAUCAUGUCUUUUAACUUCCCGGCAUGCACUUACAUCGUGGCGAUGAUAUCUGACGCUUUUCUAUUGUUCUUCUCGGUGUUUCAUGUUAUUGCGUUUGAUGAACUGAAAAAUGACAGUAAGAAUCCUAUUGAUCAAUGCAACAGCUUAAAUCCAUUAGUGAUUCCAGAAUAUAUUUUACAUUUCUUCUCCAAUUUGUUGUUUUUGUUUGGAGGCCAGUGGUUAUCCAUUGCUAUUAAUGUUCCAUUAAUGGCUUAUCAUAUUUCAAAGUAUCGAAAUAGACCAGCGAUGUCUGGUUUUGGUCUCUAUGAUCCAACAAGUAUUAUGAAUGCUGACAAAUUAAAUAAAUAUCAACGUGAAGGUUGGAUAAAGUUGACAUUUUAUUUGUUUUCAUUUUUUUAUUACUUAUACGGAAUGAUACGAGCAUUAAUCACAGUUUAAGCUUACAAGUUAUGAGGCUUUGAACAUUCAUUUUAUACAACUAUAAUAGUUAAAAAGUUAUGUUUAACAAUGGGAAAUUGGAACAAUAAUCACCAUAUUGAAAAAUCCAACCAUUUUUAAUUAUUUCAGUAAAUAUGUAUGUUACUGGCAAUCUGGAAUGUUGGAACUGUGAAUAUAAUAAUAAACACUAAGUUAAUCAUAUUAAAUAUGAUAAAUUUUA